UGGAAGCAACCCGAUCUGACCUAAAAGAAGGAAAGCGAGUCAACCCAACCCACCACCACCGCCGAAUCCCAAACGGAAGAGAGCACUGGGCGGGGCAGGUGGCGAUUCGGCGAUUCCCCUGUCACCGUCCGUCGUCCGUCGUCUCCAUCCCCUUCCAUUUCCGGCGAGGGUCAAAGCAGGCCUCUUGCUCUUGCUCUUGGGGGUGGCUUGAGAGAAGGAGAGGAGAUGGCCGCCGCGGCGGUCUUGGCGCUGCUCACGGUGUCGGUUCUGGCGGGGGCAGCGGCCGGCGGUGAUAUCGUCCACCACGACGACGAGGCACCCAAGAUCCCUGGAUGCAACAACGAUUUCAUCCUGGUAAAAGUGCAAAGCUGGGUCAAUGGCAAAGAGGAUGGCGAGUUUGUUGGUGUCGGUGCUCGCUUUGGUCCAAAAAUCGUCUCCAAGGAGAAGCACGCAAACCGAACUAAACUCACGCUGGCUGACCCUAUGGACUGCUGCUCGCCUCCAAAACACAAGGUUUCUGGAGAUGUUCUUUUAGUUCAAAGGGGCAAGUGCAAAUUCACAAAGAAAGCAAAGUUUGCUGAAGCUGCUGGUGCUUCUGCUAUAGUAAUCAUAAACCAUGUCCACGAAUUGUACAAGAUGGUCUGUGAAAAGAAUGAAACCGAUCUUGACAUAAAUAUACCUGCAGUUCUCCUGCCAAAAGAUGCGGGUUCUGCUUUACAUACACUUCUUACAGAUGGUAACGCAGUUUCUGUGCAGCUGUACUCUCCAGAUCGUCCUGUAGUUGACACUGCAGAGGUGUUUCUAUGGCUUAUGGCUGUUGGCACAGUGCUUGGUGCUUCCUACUGGUCAGCAUGGAGUGCUAGAGAAGCAGUUAUUGAACAAGAGAAGCUCCUCAAGGAUGGCCAUGAAAGCCUACUGAAUGUUGAGGCCGGAGGUUCUAGUGGCAUGGUAGAUAUCAACGUGGCAUCAGCGAUAAUGUUUGUGGUGGUUGCGUCAUGCUUCUUAAUAAUGCUUUACAAACUGAUGUCUUACUGGUUUGUGGAGCUACUGGUGGUAAUCUUCUGCAUUGGAGGUGUAGAGGGUCUGCAAACAUGUUUGGUGGCUCUGUUAUCAAGAUGGUUUAAACCUGCUGCAGAAUCUUUUGUGAAAGUACCGUUCCUUGGAGCUGUUUCACAUCUUACUCUUGCAGUUUGCCCAUUUUGUGUCGCAUUUGCUGUUCUGUGGGCUGUUUUUCGCCAGCUUCCCUUUGCUUGGAUUGGGCAAGACAUUCUGGGUAUUGCACUGAUAGUUACAGUCAUCCAAAUUGUCAGAGUACCUAACCUCAAGGUGGGUUCAGUUCUUCUCAGCUGUGCCUUCCUGUAUGACAUCUUCUGGGUGUUUAUCUCCAAGAGGUGGUUUCAUGAGAGUGUGAUGAUUGUGGUUGCACGUGGCGACAAGACUGACGAGGAUGGUGUGCCCAUGCUGCUAAAAAUCCCGCGAAUGUUUGAUCCAUGGGGUGGAUACAGCAUCAUUGGCUUUGGUGAUAUCCUUCUUCCUGGUCUUUUAGUUGCUUUCGCGCUAAGAUACGAUUUUUCUGCAAAGAAGGGCUUCCGGUCUGGUUACUUUUUGUGGGCAAUGGUGGCCUAUGGCUCUGGACUUUUAAUCACAUAUGUUGCGCUGAACCUGAUGGAUGGGCAUGGCCAACCUGCCCUUCUGUACAUCGUGCCUUUCACGCUUGGCACCUUGAUCGCGCUUGGAUGGAAGAGAGGGGAGCUGCCAAACCUGUGGACGAGGGGAGAGCCGGAGAGAGUGUGCACACAUAUGCAUAUGCCGCUGUUGCCGACGACCCCAAACUAACCAGAGGCACUGCUGGGUCAUAAUGCAUACCCUGACCCUGCGUCAACGGUCGGUAAAAACCUUAAAGGUGUGCCACUGCCGUGACAUCAGCUCCUUCCGGCAAAUAUACUAGUAACUAGUAACUAAAUGUGUUGCCUGCUGGCAAUAUAUAUGGUCAGUAAGAAGUGUUUUGGUCGAGACAUUUGACUGAUUUGUGAAUUACUAGUGAUUAUGUAAGCAAGUUGUUGUAUUUAAUGGAGAUAGUUUGUUAGCUUGGUUUAUAUAUGAUCAGUUUGGGUUGCCUGA